CAAUUUGCGCGCAUGCUCGAAGCACCAUGCCGCGGUGUUUCUUCCUUGGGAGAUUCUCUUCACUGCGAUGUGGUCGCUCCGUUCCGAAGCUGCGACGGUCGCUUUCGAGUCUCGUGGGCGGCAACGGACCGUCUUUCGUGCCUCCACAGGCUCCUCGUAGUGUGCGGAUGCGCGCGCUACGCCGGUUAGACGAGAGCCAUCGACCAUGUGCGUGGAUUUCGAGUACGAACGUGUUGGUGAGCAGUGAAGGCUGCCUAUUGGUCGAUCACACGUCAAAGGGUUUGCUCAGCUUACUGGCUACAACCCAUAAUUCAGUAAUCUUGUCUAUGUGUUUUGCAAGUGUGACGAAAAAUUGUGUGACUAUCGUCGAUGCGCAGAGCGUCUACAGAACUCUAUGUGACCGAAGCGACAUGUGAAGGUCAUUUGUACCAUCGGUUUGAAUAUCCAUCUCUGGUUGGUCACGAAUUGAUGUGCAUGCUUGAUUGAUGAUACUGCAGUAGAGACAAAAUGAGUACUGUAGUGCUCGAGUGUCAGGGAUGGUUCGUUUGCUGUAUGCUCGUUAAGAUUAUAAGACGUAAUGCAUCGUUACACAUUACUGAGA